AUGUCGCAGUGGAAUAACCAUCCACUGUCAACUGAAAGCAACUUAAGUCCUUAUCAAGUAUGGGUUCAAGGUUUCUAUGAGUUUGCUAACUCCAAUCGUCGUACUGUCAGAGAUCUGGUCAAUCCAAACACAUUAGACAAUAAUACAUAUGGAGUUGAUGAUGAAGGUCCACUGCCUGAAGUCCAGACAGAAAAUAAUGUUGUGGUUCCAAAAUCUGAUAUUGCACUUACAAGAGAACAAUGGGCUUCGCUGCAAACAUUAGUAAACCCAUUGGAUGAAGAUAAUGAACAUGGCAAGUUGCUUUAUUUAAAUGUUUGUGGAAUAAUUGAUAUUUAUGUCAAUCAAAAUUUAAGUCAUGAAUGA